GAGAGUACUCCUUUGGGUGUGCUUUAGAUAUCGCCUUUCUUUGUUUUUAUCAACAAUCACCCUGCACGUGUAUUAGAUUGAAAGUUCUCUAGGUAGCUCCAGUUGAAAUAAAGCUGAUAAAAAUUCAGCCUGCUGAUUUCGUAGCUUACUGACUCCGGUUGGUGAGCUGGCUCAGCCUCAGGACCUUCAAGCGGCAAACACAACUUUUCACGAACAUCCUGCUCUAUUAUUCAACGAUUCAUUGUAUUGAAAUGGCUGCUCAAGCGAGAAGCUCGGCUUCAGGUGGUUCUCGAGGUCUUGUUCAAAUCAAAUGUCCAAACCACCCGAACGCUGAUCUAAUUGAAGACUACCGUGCUGGCGAUGUGGUGUGCAGGGAAUGUGGACUAGUGGUUGGAGACAGGGUUGUGGAUGUAGGAUCAGAAUGGAGAACCUUUUCCAAUGAGAAGGCUCAGGGUGAUCCGUCUCGUGUUGGUGCUGCCGAGAACCCACUGCUGGAUGGCCAUGAUUUGUCUACAUCGAUUGGUACCAUUCGUGGAGAUGAUACUUUGCGUAGGCUGCAGAACAGAAAUCCGUCCGGUCCAGACCGUGCCCUCAUGUCUGCAUUUAGGGAGAUCUCGAACAUGGCGGAGCGUCUCAACCUGCCACAUUCGAUCAUGGACCGGUGCAAUGUCCUGUUCAAGCAGGUACAUCAAGAGAAGCACUUGAGAGGGCGGACAAACGAUGCCAUUGCCUCUGCGUGCCUCUUCAUUGCAUGUCGGCAGGACAACUGUCCACGGACAUUCAAGGAAAUUUGCGCUGUGUCUAAAGUGUCGAAGAAAGAAAUUGGCCGAUGCUUCAAGCUCAUUCUGAGAGCGCUGGAGACUACUGUUGACCCUGCAGGCGCUGGAGACUUCAUGGCUCGUUUCUGCAGCAACUUGGGUCUACCUCUGAAGAUCCAGCGGGCUGCCAGUCACAUUGCCACUGAGGCCAAUCGCCUAGACCUUUGCCCUGGGAAGGUCUAUACAUCUGUAGCAGCAGCUGCUAUCUACAUGGCAUCACAAGCCUCGGAGACGAAGAAAACACAAAAAGAGGUUGGUGAUGUUGUUGGUGUAGCUGAUGUCACCAUCCGUGCAGCUUACAGGAGCAUGUAUCCGCGGAGAGUCGAGCUCUUUCCACAGGGAGUGGAAUUCACGACUGCUCCGCAGAACUUGCCACCCAUUUAAACCCACACCGUACUCUCUACAGGCUGUGCAAACACUGUACUAGGUACGCCGAGGCCUAAGAAUACCCUCAAAUUAAAAAAAUUAAAAAAACCGUGCAUUGUAUUUAUUACUACAGAUUUGUUGUGCGAUCUGCUGAUCUACCUGUCUGUGAACUCCUCCUGUCUCACGUUUUUAUACCAUUAUGUUCCUAUCAAACAAACAUCAUUCUGACGAAGAAGAAAAAAAUCAUAAUUAUCACACAUCCCGUCCGUGCAAUUCUGCAGGUCUAUGACAUUCAUUCAAAGGGCGUUGGCCCAAGUCUAGCAUCUCUCAUAAUAAAAAAGUGUAGGCGCCUGUUUGCCACCAGUGCGAAACCAUACUAAGUUAUUUCCCUUCGUGAAGCAUGUUGUUGUCUUGUCAAGGUGUUUCUUCGUUUAUUUUUUUAUGUUUUUUUACUGUCUUAUCAAGCUAGUUCCUUGUGGACUUUCACAUUUUUAAAGAAAUUACAUAGCAUUGUUUUCUCAAGCCAACACCCAAACUGCUUUUCUCAGAAAGGCAAAGGCAGUGAUUGCCUCUUCUCUUGGGUUUAGCUUGCUUUACAUUGCGUGUUGCUUUCAAUCCUAUUUUAACCUUUUUUUUGUUUUCUUGAACUCUAACCCUUGCUAUUGUUGGGGCAAGUAGGUGUCCCUAUGCUUUAUGUAUUCCGUUCUUCUUGCGUGGUGUGGCAAUACUUGGACCAAAACAUACCAAAAUAUAUAUUUGUGUGGUGUCUGUUGGUUGUGUUUCUAUCAAUAAUAACUAUUUUGUGAUGUAA